AUGGCAAUAUUAUCCGCAUUAUUGAGCCACGAAAACUGCAUCUCAUCCGUCAAUAUCCACAGCCGGUACGGAAUUCUUUGCAAAUCUUCUACUGCGAACCAGCAGACAGGUUGCCAUCGCUUGGGCCGGUCGGCCUAUCUGAAUUCUAGCUGGUUUUAUCCAAAAAAUGCAAGUUCUUCACUCCAACUGAAUUCUCUCGCAAUCGCUUGUGGCGGCUCUCUUACACUCAUUAUGUUCUGGUCACAUUCACGUCUAUUGAUCGGCUACUUCGCUCAGCAAAACCUCGAGCCAUCACCUUUUGUCGAAUUCAAUGAGGCUUGUCACAACGGCAGGUGCCAAAAUGAGAAAAGAGUCAUCUGCACAGGCUCACUUUGCGUCCUUUCCAAACGCCCUGGAAAGUGCCAGACCUCGGCCGAAGGUUUCGGCUUAACAUGCACAAAGGCCUGCUGA